AUGGGUUCGGAAGCAGUAGAUUGCAUUAUUUCUUUAUGUGAAAAUAUUGUGCUCGUUGUAGAAGGUCACGCGAACCACCCUGGACCAAAACCAGGUCCACAUGACUGCAAGAAAGACUGCAAUAAGGCUCCGCAUCCAGAAGGUCAUCCUUGCCCCCACAACCCGCCUGACCACAAAGGACCUCCGCCCUGUAAACACGGCGAACACGGCAAGCCCGCUGACUGCGAGAAGAAAUGCCACCCCGAAGGUCACAAGCCUGAGUGCAAGUGA